CAAAUAACAGUUUAGCCGCGCGCUUUUGUUCUGUAGGUGUGACUCGAGGCAUUACAUGGUCGUGUGAUAAGGUGCAGGAGUGACCCGGGUCCUGCCUCCUCCGCUGACAUCACUGCUCCUCACCAGCAGCAGCAGCAGCAGCAGCAGCACCUCCAUCACGCACGGAGAAGAGUGUCCCGCGGUGACCGAGGGGCGAUGCGUUCACGCCAUUCAUCCUCUGACGCGCACUCAGGACACCGCCACACUCGCACCGGGACAGCUUUUUGAGAAGGAGCAACAAGAGCCGAAACAAGGAUGACAGAGGAAAGCAGAGGCAAGCGAAGGAAACAAGCCAACCCCAGGAGAAACCGAGUGGAGGCUGAUCAGGUGACCUCCCUGGGAUCGGAGGGGGAAGAUGAGGUGGGCAUCUGGAGCCUGGACCCCCAGGAAUGCCCAGAGAGCCUGGACAAGGCAAGCCUGACGCCCAGCGAGGGCACAGAGGAGCCGGGCAGUCCCCUACGCUCUAUACAAGGGCAAAGCCAGAGCCCUUCUGUCACUGACCCGGCUGAGGAGAAGGAUGCAGAAAAGACCUCAGAUUCUCAGAAUGCCUUGGAGGACUUGGCACACUUUGAGUUCUUGGCCCAGCUGAGGAGGGCUUCAAACUCGACAAGUAUUUUGGGUCAUCUGACACAGAACAGCAGCACGCCACUGUACCAUCAGAACAGUAACCAUGACGACCUACCAGCCGCCAUCUGGUCCCCUGGAGCGCAGCAUCGGUCUCCUGAUGCAACAGAUGGUGGAAAGAGUCUACAGGCGUGUCCUUUCUGCCACAGGACGUACCCGCGCGCCGCUCUCAGGGACCACAUCAAGUACUGUCAGGAGCAGGACGAAGGGCCCAUGGUCUGCCCACUCUGUGGAUACACUGCCACCCUCAGGGCACAGAUGGAACGGCACCUUGCACUCCACAACCAACUUCAGGAAAAAAGUGCUAUAACUUUUGAACAAGGCCCAGAGACGAGGAAGUUUAAAUGUCUUCAAUGUGGGAAAGCAUUUAAGUAUAAACACCACCUCAAAGAGCAUCUCCGAAUCCACAGUGGUGAGAAGCCAUAUGAAUGUUCCAAUUGCAAGAAGCGCUUCUCGCACUCUGGGUCCUACAGCUCUCAUCUGAGCAGCAAAAAGUGCCUUAGCAGUGGAGGAGGGAACACUGGAGCCGCCGGUGCCGCUUUGAACGGCCACAGCCCAAAUAUGUUUCAGGCCACGUUUCAGACCUCUCCCUCUGCAGGCGGAGGGAGGGGCGCUAAUGACAAGCCAGAGGAGAAUAAGCAGCUUCACAAGGGCUUCCCCAGGCCUGUAGACAUGGGGCGAAUGUGGGACCCUCAGUCAGAGCUAGCACUGAGAGCUAGCAUCCUCAAAGGCACCACCCUCCUGCCUUAUCUCAACUCGGGAACCAAAUUUGAGCAGGUGCUGCAGAAGAUGCUGAACAGGGAAGUGAAGCGAGAGCAGGAAUUAGAUAUAGAUGCAAAAAUGGAGGAGAAGAAAGAUGUUUACAAUGGAGAGAAGGAGGGGCUCGGGGUCUCCUGUCGCUUUUGUUCUCAGCUUUUCCCAAACGUGGCCGUCCUCUUGCAGCAUGAGCGAUACCUGUGUAAAAUGAACCGAGAGGAAACGGAGAACGGGAAACCGCACGAAGUCGCCAACGGUAUUUCCUCAAACAAAUCGCCUCCUCAGAAGUCCAACUGGCACUCUGUCCCUCAACAGCUUCUGGUCGCUAUGCACUCCCCGCCGCAGCUGUCCUCCCGACCGUCAAUUUGGUCCGCACAAGAGAAAGGAAGCCCCAUCCAAAUGCUUAACCAUUCACCUAAGCUACAAUCUCCUCAAAGCAGGAAGAAUACAGGUGGUUUUGGCUCUCCUCCGUGUCUCGACCUCACCAACUGUCCGCCAGAACUCCUGUCUCCCAGAAACCAGAGCGAACCACUAGACCUAUCCAUGCCUAAAGAGAGCAAAAACAAAACCCCUAAUGGUAUUUCGAGCAGAGGAGAGAAAAGGGAAUACCAACAAAUCAGGAAAUUGAGUCCAACGCACCCUUCGUUUGUGCCUCUGCCUCAUCACCCGGCUUAUGCUGCUCCCGGCGCACCCUUGUUCGCCAGCUCUAUGUAUGGCGCGUUCCCCGUCUUUAACCAGUCUGGCCUGGGACAUGAAGGCAUUGCUCCGCUUCCUUUUGGACAAUCAGCUAGUAGUCCUGUGUUUCUGUCACCAAUGGCUUACAUGAUGGAGAGUGAAGCAGAAACAGCUCUCAAGAAAAUCCACCAAGAGAGACAAGCGCUAAUGGGUGAGAUGAUAAGCCGUGGUGGACUGGACUACCUCUCCCUGAUGGACGAUGGGUUUGACGGUGAAGUAGGACCGGGCAGGAAAAGACUGAAGAAGACCGAUGAAGGACUGUACGCCUGCGACAUUUGUGACAAGACGUUUCAGAAGAGCAGCUCGCUUCUACGGCACAAAUAUGAGCACACAGGCAAGCGUCCCCAUGAAUGUAAAAUCUGUAAGAAGGCGUUCAAACACAAGCACCAUCUGAUUGAGCACAGCCGGCUGCACUCCGGAGAAAAGCCCUACCAAUGUGACAAGUGCGGCAAACGCUUCUCCCAUUCGGGCUCCUACUCCCAACACAUGAACCACCGCUACGCCUACUGCAGCAAGGACCAGGACCCUGACCACGACCCCGACGAGAUGCCCCUCACCAUGGCCGGCGGCUUCAGCGGACGCCUGGGGGAGUCCGAAGACCCGCACAUGUCCUUAGAGGAGACCCAAACGCCUCAUUCGUUUCUCAGCGAUUCAAGCCUGGAUGGAGCUACAGAAGGAGCGAUGAAGGAGGAGGAAGAGGAGGAGGAGGAAGAGAUGCGCAGCACGGGUGACACAGAUGUUCAACAGUCACCAUCAGGAAAAUGUGGGGAGUCAAAUGACAUAGACAGUUGUCACGUAGAAAGCAAUACAUGGGACUCAAACGGAGCUAUGGACAAAUGUGAACUGAAGUUAGAAAUGACAGAUUCACAGUUACCAAGAAUAAAAACCUGAAGUGACUUUUACCAAGCAAUUUCAAUGCAUAAACUGUACAUAUCAACUACUUUUACAUGUUACACUUUUUAAACAACCAAAUGAAGCCAUACAAUACAAUGUGAUGAUGCAUCUAUGUAAAGGAAUACUAUGCCAAAUAUGACUUCUGCAGUGUCACCAAUCUCACCAAUGUCGAGCUUCCUGCUAAUGUCAAGCUUCCUGCCAAGUCACAAAAGUCUAUGAAAAGCAGAAUAAAAAGGAAGGAAAUAUAUAUUUAUUGUUACUGAUGCAGUGCAUAAUAAGUGGCAUUUCUAUGUUAAGUAAUCAAAUAACUUCCAUAAAAAUACACAGGGAGGUACAGUAUUUCAAAAGCCAUUGUUCAAGUAAAUCAUGCUGUGAAAUUACUAUGUCAAUUAUGAGAGUGGUUGAACCCCUUAACAUACAGUGUUAAAUAUGCUUAUUUAUUUUUUAUACGCAGUCAGGGAUGGACUGCCACUUUUCAAAUAUUCAUAGCAGUAUUUUCAACAAGCUAAUUUUGUCUGCAAAUAGACUGCUUUAAUACUUUUAUAUAUUUCUAUUGUGAGCAUUUGAACACUUGUAGCCACUAGUAAGUUGCACAUUUGAUACAUUUGUCAGUUUGAACUUCCCUUUUGGUGGUUGUUAUAGUAAAAAAGUGCCUGUGUAUGUGCCAAGAAGAAGACACUGUGAGUAAUUGGACAAACCUUUGGUAUAGAGAGAUAAGAUGUGGCGCCUGAGGUGUGACUAAGCUUUAGCACUCAUGCAUAAGACCACUAGAACAAUGCAACGCACGAACUGCCUUCUCUGCACAGUGUCUCACAUUUUGUACCAAACAGUAUUUUUUAUCAGCACAAUGCAACUUUUGGAUGUUUUUAUUGAUUUUGUAUUUUUUGCAUGUUGUCAAUUUUGUAAUAAAAUUGUACAUAAUUUGCCAUAAGAA